AUGAACUCCACUUUUCGGCGAACGCUUCGUUGUUUCCCAUCAUAUGCAUCAUGGCUUAGACGUCUUUCAAACGAAGUUUCAACCCCCAGUGUUGACAAGACGAAGAGUACUAGUGAUGCCCUGAAACGCUUUUUCAUCGACAAGAUCCGAGCUUCUGGUCCGAUUACAGUUGCUGAAUACAUGAAAACUGCUGUUAGUGCACCCACUGUGGGAUACUAUGGAGGCUUUUCGGACUCGCAGAAAGUUUUCGGUGGAGAAGGUGAUUUUAUUACUGCUCCUGAAUUAACACAGCUCUUUGGAGAACUUCUCGGCGUCUGGUGCUAUUAUGAACUGGCGAAUACAGGGCAUACAGGUGAGAGUUAUCAACCAAUAUUAGGACCUUGGCAGCUUGUUGAAUGUGGGCCAGGUACAGGACAACUCAUGCACGAUAUCCUGGUGGCAAUGGAUAAGUUCCAGGAAGAGAAUGUGUCCGUACAUUUGGUGGAGACAUCUGAUGCCCUCAUUCGGCAGCAAGAAGAGCUGCUUUGUGGCUCGUGCUCGUCAGCAGUGAGCUCAUCCAGUAAGAACGCAGUGAAGGAGAAUAAAUCGAAAUCAGGAGUUCCAAUAGCAUGGUACAAAAAUUUAGAUGAUGUGCCUGAGGGGUUUUCCGUUUUUGUUGCUAACGAGUUCCUGGACGCACUACCUGUUCAUCAGUUCAGCCGUGACUCGAAUGGGGUGUGGAAUGAGAUUUACAUCAACAUUGAUGACUCAGGAGAACUGUGCUUCAUGAGAUCUAAAGGCGAAAACCUACACACACGAAUCGUUUAUAAUGGCGGGUUUGGACUUAUCAUUGAUUACGGUCAUAAUGGAUCUCGAAACGAUCUGUCUUUCAGAGGUUAUCAGAAGCAUCAGCAAGUGAACCCUCUAAGCCAACCUGGUGCUAUUGAUCUGACUGCCGAUGUUAAUUUUGGCUACCUCAAGUCACUUAUCGUCGAUCGCGCCAUCGUCUACGGUCCGAAUACACAACGCGAAUUUCUUGCACAGCUUGGUGCUGAACUGCGACUGCGAAAGUUAUUGAAGUCGUGCAAUGACCGAGAAAAACAGGAAUUGCUCAUAAAAUCGUAUAACUUCCUUAUGGGUGAUAUGGGUGAACGAUUCUUGGCAAUGUCCAUAUUUCCAAAGACGCUUGGCAGAAUUCUUGAAAACAGGGGAGGACCUGCAGGAUUUGUGCAAAAUCGUCCAAGAGCAGCAGAAAAGCCAAGAAAAGCUGAUUAA